GUUAAUUUGAUGUCUACAGAUACGAUUAGAAUUGCGAAUUUUGGUGGUAUCGCAUAUGAAUUUGUUCGGUCUCCUGUGGAACUCAGUGUGGCCAUUGCACUUCUGUACCAGCUUUUGGGCAAAUCCUGCUUUCUUGGAUUACUCAUCUUAGUCUUCGCUCUGCCAUUAAACCAUUUUGCGGCUAUCAAGCUCUCUUCGUCCCAAAAAGACCUCAUGCAAACAAGGGAUCGCCGCAUAGGAACGACGACUGAAAUCAUUCAGGGAAUCCGACAAGUAAAAUUUUUUGCAUGGGAGAGUCGUUGGGGUGAAAGAAUCAUGUCACAGAGAUCAGAUGAACUCAACCAGCUUUGGAGGAUAGCUGUUGCUAGGAUGGUUUUCAACAUUAUCUGGCAAGGUACCCCAAUAUUUGUUUCCGUAAUAUCGCUAUGGUCUUAUACUAUCAUUGCUGGAAACGAAUUGACAGCUGCUACUGCAUUCACGGCACUUUUGGUAUUUGAAGAAUUGAGAGUUGCUCUGAACGUUCUUCCACAUUGUAUGUCGGACGCCAUGCAAGUCCUCGUAAGCUUGGACAGAGUGGAUGUAUACUUGGAUGGAGAUGAACUGGAGACCGUGGAUGAGUCAGAUACCAAUGGACCUAUUCGCAUAGGGAUGGAAAACGCUACGGUGUCAUGGACUGAUAUCCAGGAUGAGAAUGAAGACUUUCGAGCAAGCUCACCUUCCAGCACUGAUAAAUCUUUUGUUAUGCAAAAUAUCACGGUGGACUUCCCAAUCGGCAAGCUCUCAAUUAUUUGUGGCUCCACAGGCGCAGGAAAGACGCUGUUAAUGAUGGGACUACUUGGAGAGGCUUACAUUCCUAAUGGUAAAUUGUACUGUCCGCGAACUCCUUUAUCUGACGAUGUUGAUCCAGUAGAUAUGGAUUCUACUCUAUCGGAUGCAAACUGGAUUGUCGAGGACAGUAUUGCAUAUGUUUCCCAGAACCCUUGGCUCCAAAAUGCAAGUAUAAUGGAAAACAUUCUAUUCGGACUUCCUCACAAUGACCAGCGCUACCAUUCAGUGAUAGAAGCUUGUGCUCUAGUGCAAGAUCUUGCGCAAUAUCCUGACGGUGACCAAACCGAAAUAGGUGAAAAAGGCAUUACGCUAUCUGGUGGACAAAAGGCGAGGGUAGCACUGGCAAGAGCUGUAUAUUCAAGAGCUAAACAUGUUCUAAUGGAUGAUGUACUGAGUGCUGUCGAUGCAUAUACGGCAAAACAUUUAUAUGAAAAUUGCAUUAUGGGACCACUACUUUCCGAAAGAACAAGGAUUUUGAUUACUCAUCACGUCCGUUUGUGCUUCAGUGGUGCCUCCAACGUUGUUUGGGUUGAAAAAGGAGACAUCAAGAUGUGGGGUGACCCAGCGGAACUGGAACACAGCGAAAACUUCCAAUACAUUCUAAAUCAUGAAGAGGUUGCUGUCGAAAAGAUAGAACCUGACUUAGAGGAGCUCGAUUCAUUGACUACCCCUGGAUCGAACUUGGAAACAAUUUCCCCAGUCCCUCAUGACUUGAAACCGAACGUCAAGCGACCUAAAGUUCUGGUUGAAGCUGAACGGCGUGCUCAAGGAUAUGUCAAGAUGAGACUUUUCUGGAAGUAUUGUGUAGCGCUAGGAGGUGUGCUUUAUUGGCUCAUUUUUGGCUUGAUGUUUCUUUCGGCUCGCGGGUUCAACAUUGCUGGAUCCCUAUGGAUAAAGAAGUGGACGGAUAACCUUGGCCAGGCAAAGACACUAGAUGGUCUACAACCUUCAAGUGAUGGUGUCAUAUACUAUAUCCAAGUUUAUGCUAUCCUAAUGUUCGCUCAACUGACUUUCAGCGUCUUAAGAUUUGCUUUGGUGUAUGUCGGUGCACUUCGAGCGGGGCGUUUGCUCUUUGCUGAAAUGCUUGAAUGCGUACUGCGGGCCCCUCUGCGGUUUUUUGACACUACUCCCGUUGGUCGUAUCCUCAACCGAUUCGCUAAAGACAUGGAAACCAUCGAUUCGACCCUCUGCAACUAUACUGUCGAGUUUUUCGUGGCAUUGAUAAACGUUAUCACCGUUUUCAUGUUCAUUGGAGCCAUAAUACCAUGGCUCAUUGCUCCCUUUGCUGCCUGCCUUGUCUUUUACAUAUACAUUGGAAAGCUCUUUAUGAAUUCAGGAUUGCAGUACCGACGCUUGGAGUCUAUAAAUCGAUCACCAAUGUUUACCCACUUUACAGAGACCAUUGCGGGAGUAUCCACAAUUCGCGCAUUUGGUAGAACCAAACUGUUCAUGGCAAAGAUGAUACAUCUAGUUGAUAACAAUCUCCGACCUUGUUACAACGUUUAUGUCCUUAAUCGCUGGAUAACGAGCAUACUCUCCUUCAUUUCCACUUUGAUUACCUGUAUCAUUGCGCUAAUGUGUCUGUGGUGGCCAGACCAGUUGUCAGCAGCGACUGCUGCUAUUUGCAUGAGCUAUUCUCUCACAUUUACUGGACAGGUUUUUGAUCUCAUCAGGAGGACUACGUCUAUUCAGUUAAGCUUCAACUCAGUUGAAAGAGUUGUAGAAUACACUGAACUUGAUCAGGACCCACCUGCAGUAGUCCAGCCUCGUCCACUCUCAACUUGGCCCGAACAAGGAAUCAUCGAAUUCAAGGAUUUGCAUGUGAAGUACGCACCAGAUUUGGAGACAGUCCUUCGCGGUGUGUCCUUCAAAGUCAAACCUAAGGAAAAGGUUGGCAUUGUCGGCCGAACAGGAAGUGGAAAGUCAACCGUUGCAUUAUCGCUUUUUCGAUUUAUUGAGGCUUGUCAAGGCAGCAUCUUGGUUGAUGGUAUUGAUAUAACGAAAAUUGGAACUACCGAUUUACGCAGCAGCAUGAGUAUCAUUCCCCAAGAUCCUACUCUGUUUACUGGCACACUGAGGAGUAACUUGGAUCCUUUCAACACUUUUCAAGAUGCUGAUAUAUUCCUUGCAUUAAAACGAGUUCAUUUGUUGGCGGGUGAGAACGAAGCGGAAACAGAAAGUACCUCUAAUGGUAACGUCAAUGUGUUUUACGAUUUGGAUACUCCUGUGAGUCAAGGAGGACUCAACUUCUCGCAAGGUCAGCGACAACUAUUGUGUCUUGCUAGAGCUUUGCUACAACGACGUCGUAUUCUAGUUAUGGAUGAAGCUACUGCCAGCGUCGACUUUAGAACCGACGAAAAGAUCCAGCGCACUAUAGCCCAAGAAUUCAAAGAUUGUACGAUUUUAUGCAUUGCUCAUCGUUUAUUGACAGUAGUUGAAUACGAUCGUAUUCUUGUCCUGGAUCAAGGUCAAGUGGUUGAGUUUGCAAACCCGUAUGAACUAUUGCGCAACAAAGAUUCAAAGUUCUAUCAAAUUUGCAAGAACUCUGGAGAAUUCAGAAGGUUAAUGAAUAUGGCUAAGCUUAAGCAUCAACUAAUAGAUAUAUAAAAUAGACCUCACUUUGCGAUAUUUCGCUUAUAUUAUGUAUUCGGCUUUGGCCAUGAAGGGAGUGUGGGGUAUCGGCCCGCGAAAUGUCCCAACAUCAUAAAAAAUAAAGUUCACAUUGGGUAAUCAC